GUGGUUCCCCCGGUGGCUGUGUUCCACAAUGCGCCUGAGGAUCUAACGCAAGCCUAACCCCAGUCUGUCGUUGAACUGACCCAAGGAGGAUCACAUCUUAAUGUCGGAUUUAACAGCUGAAUUGUCGGCAUUCUCACUGACACAUGUUGUGUACGAUGCGAGCUCAAGAGGAGCAGCACUCGCAGCGUUCAUUACCCUUGUCCCGAUAUACCUUACUCCUGCCUACCUCAGCAUUAUUGUAUGCACGCGCGAGUUGACCGUUAUCAGCAUGUUUGUCGGGCAGUGUAUCUGCGAUGGCUUAAAUGUCAUUAUCAAGCACCUCGUAAAGCAAGAGAGACCAGGUAGUCUCCUCGGGGAAGGAUACGGAUUCCCUUCCCAGCAUAGUCAAUACAUGGGAUAUUUUUCUACUUUCUUACUCCUUCAUCUCGCUUUCAAGCAUUCGUUCGUAUCGCGUGGAUUGGUGCCCGAGCGACUGGCAGCAUCCCUGAGCAUGCUAUUGAAACUCACUGUCUCGGUAGCAAUUUGGUUAUUGGCGGUCGGAGUUUGCUACUCCCGAUACUUCCUCUCAUACCAUUCUCCCGCGCAGGUUGCAGCAGGGUAUCUGUUUGGGGUAAUAUGGGCCCUAAUUUACUAUUUUCUGGUUGAAUCAUCAAAUCCGCGGACAGCUGCAUUGCGUAGAGCUUUCUGGACUCUUUUUUUGCACGGAUGGGGAGGAUUAGAGAUGGUUGGGCUGUUUAUCCUGAUGGGGGGACGGAGGAGGAAUACCUCGUCUGGCGGUCAUUAUGGGAGGCUGCCCAAGGUAACCGCAAAAAAGUGGAAUGAUGGGUGCUAGGCCCACGAGCCGUCAGUUCGCGUCGUGCAUUGAGAUAUUUGAGCAGAGUAAUGACAA